UUUUGACUAGGAACAUUGAAUAAAUGCAUAUUCGGGGCCACUUUAUCUCCACCCCGCAACAUGGAUAUGGAUGUUUUUCACUGUGGUGAAGGGUGCGAGGGUUAUGUGAAACGCUGGUUUAGGGCUACGCCCACUGAGCUCUCUGAUCUUAGGGCAGACAGGCAGAGUGUAAAAUGGCGCACAGCUGUCGGUGGCGGUUCCCCGCUCGGCCCGGAGGGAGCAGCAACUUAGGCACCGGGAGGAGAGCGGGCCGAAUCCGGGUCACUGCCUCCCUUCGAAGUAGCACAGGGACCCACCCGAACACGGCUGGGCUCGGACCCGGCUUUGAUGCUGCGUUACAGGUCUCUUCUGCUAUCGGUUGCAACCUGCAGAAAUUUCGGGAUGUUUUGGGAGAGUCGAGUGGUUCAAGCAGCGGGGAGGAAGGAGCGUUUGGAGGCUUUGGUACAGUCAGUGAACACCGAAGAAUGCAGAGUCAGUCGAGGACGUUGGCAGUUACUCCCACGCAGGAGAAGAAGCCCAGAGGCCGACCCCCGCGGACCCUGACUGCACAGAAAGGGCCCGCAGGCGCCGGCCCUUCCCCCUCGCCUUCCUCGGGGAAACUCGAGGGCCAGGAGUGGCCUGUGGAGAAGGCCAAGCGGCUGCCCGGGAGGCCGCCUGGCUCUGGAGAGAAGAGAAGAGGCCGUCCUCCGGCCUCUGGGACCCAGAGAAGUUUGCAGGCCGGCAGCCAUACAGACAAUGACAGCAGGCAGGUGGGGCAGGAGCACAGCUCCACAACUACACACCGCAAGGACCGGGACGAGGAGAGGAAAGCCACAAAGAGAACGCCCCUGGGCUCCGUGCAGCAGCACGACACAGAGGCCAAGCCUCCCAAAGCGAGCCGCGAAUCCAAGGUGACCAAACUGAAGCGGCUGCGGGAGGUCAAACUGAGCCCACUCAAGGCCAUCGCCAGGAAGUGUGUGCCGGUGCCCGGUGUGCCCCGGCGCAGACGAGGACGGCCUCCAUCUGCUGAGCGCCUCAAAGCUGAGGCUGCUGCUGCCCAGGCCUCUUGUUCAGAGGAAACCAAACAAAAGUCCUUCAGCGUCCGCCGGGACAGAGAUAUGGACCCCCACACUCCUCAACAGCAGUCUAAGCUCAGGGCGUCCCACUUUGCUGAGGAGGACGACAGCCCCGACGUCCACAGCUCCUCAAGCCCGCUCCCCUCAUCCUCUCCCUCCAAGCUGGGCAGGCCACUGAACCUGAGAACCAGCCCUCGCCACAUCAAGCCCGUGCGCAUCGUUCCCCCCUCCAAACGCACUGACGCCGCAAUCGCCAAGCAGCUGCUGCAGCGCGCCAAGAAAGGUGCGCAGAAAAAAAAACUGUUAGAGAAGGAGGUGGUUGCCAUAGGAAGCCAAGGGGCAGCAGCCAUGGAGGCAGGCAUCCGGAGGAGGAGGAGAACGCAGCUGAAGAACAUCAGGCAGUUCAUCAUGCCCGUGGUGAGCACUGUCUCGCUGCGCAUCAUUAAAACCCCAAAGCGCUUCAUAGAGGACGAAGGCAGCUUCGGCGCCUCUCACCCCCACAUGAAGAUGGCACGGUUAGAUGCUGUUCCGCCCCCCGUCGCUGCUCCCCAUCCCGCUUCGGCGGCCUCCCCCAUGCGGGCGUCUACAGCUGCAGUCGCCGCCGCUGCUAAAGCUGUGACCGCAGCUCCGGUCGACACCAUCGCUCCCCCGCCUCCCACUGUCACACCCAGCAGGGCCACGGCCGUGGCGGCCAGCCUGCUCAACAACAGCUGCAACAACAGCACCAGCAAUGGGCGCUUCAGCAGUAGUGUCGCCUCGUGUGGCUCCAGCGCGGUGUCGCUGCACUCCUCCCAGCUUUCGUCGGGUGAGUCGUCCCGAUCCAGCAGCCCCAGUCUGGACGACUCGUCGUGCGACUCCCAGGCUUCGGAGGGCACUCAGGCCCUGUCCGAGCCUGAUGAUGAGCAUGACGACGAGCGAGACCACUCCCCAUCCUCCCAGGGAGAGAGGGAGGGGGACAUGCUGCACUCCUCCAGGCAUCCGUCAGAGCCCGAACCGGAGCAGCGUGUUCUGAUUGAGCGGGGCCGGAGGGGCCGCAGAGGGCAGGGUGUGGGCAGGGGCAGCCUUGGGGCGAGGGGAAGAGGCAGCCUGGUCACCGGAGGGAAGAAGGCUAUCAUCAGCCCGGCCACGGGAGUUUUGAUGUCCAACUCUCAACAAGCCGCCUCCGCCGCCUCCUCGUCUUCGUCCCCCCCGCCCCCCCCUCUCCUUAGCUCCCCGCAGCAGGCCCAGUCAGGCUCCAACACAGCGGAGCAUCACUCCCACUCCCCUUGGAUCCUGCCCCACCCGUUUCUCCAGGGCCAGUCAUUGGUGCUCUCCAGCCUGCAGGACAAGCGCAGGUCCAUCCUGAGAGAGCCCACCUUCCGCUGGACAUCUCGGUCUCGCACCGAUCAGCAGUACUUCUCCUCCGCUAAGUAUGCCAAGGAGGGCCUUAUCCGCAAGCCUAUCUUCGACAACUUCCGCCCUCCACCUCUCACGGCACAAGACGUGGGUCUAAUGCCCCAUGGUGCUGGUACCGGGGGCGUUGCUUCAGUGGGUUACUCUGCGCCGGGUGGUGGGACUGGGGCGGGCACCCGUCUGUUCUCUCCACUACAUCACCACCACCACCACCAGCAGCAGCAGCACCCCUCGUCCCGCUUCGAGUCGCCACUCCAGAAGCGCAGCCCCCUGCUGCGCGCCCCGCGCUUCACUCCCAGCGAGGCGCACUCGCGAAUCUUUGAGUCUGUCACCCUGCAGUCGUCAUCAGGGAGCAGCCCGGGAUCGCUGUCUCCCCUCCAGUCCUCCCCCAAGUCGGGCCGGUCGGUGAGACGCAAGAAGAGGACAACCCCGGGACCCCUGCGAGGUCAACCCCGGUCCCCCUCACACUCCAUGACCACGAGGAGCAGCCAGCCAGGGGCCCCGCCCGGGAAAGGUCCCUCUGAACUGUCUGUGCUGACAGGCUCCAUCUCCACUGGUGCCAGCAGCACCAGUAAUUCCCUCGGCUCUCUGCCCACUAGUGCCUUAACGCCUGCUGCUUUCAGCACCUUCUCACCGGGCCCCCUGGGCCACUCCACACACGGACCUCCCUCCUCCGAAGGACAUAGAGCAGCUGGGAGCCUUGGUGGUGCAGGUGCCAACUCCGCUUCUUGCUCCUCUUCCCAACUCUUCUCUCUCUUCACUUCCAGCCCCCAGGAGACGGGCCGUGGUGCUGGGAAAGGGGGGAGAGAGAGGAGCACCUCGGCUUCCCGGGACACUGCUCCUGUCAAGGAGAAGGAAAGGGAGACCGAGAAAAGCAGAGAGCGUGAGAAAGAGAACAAAAGGGAGGGCAGAAAAGAUUGGGAGAGGAGAGGCAAGGCGUCCACUCCAGACGCCUCUCCCAAUAGGACACCCAGCCUGUUUGCCGGGGAGGGGCAGGAAGGGGAGGAGUCUCUGACGUCCCUCGCUCCUAAAAAGACACCUGGGAGGAAGAAGUCUGUUCCCGUGGACUCUGUUACAGAGGCAUCACCUGUAGAAAGGGCUGCAGUCCACUCCUCUAUCCCCCUUAUCUUGACCAAGGGCCGCGCCUCCAAAAAGACCCGGCCCUCGGAGAGGGGGCCAGAGGCUGAACUUGGGGAGAAGGAGAAAACAACAUGUGUCCCUGCCCAGCAGGCAGGCCUUCCCCCGGGGCAGACCGGCAGCAAGAAGCCCCCGGCGGUCCCAUCCUUGGGCUCCAUGCUGGCGCACGCCGAGAAGCAGCCUGUGGCCGACAAGCGGGUGGCAGGCCUGCUGAAGAAGGCCAAAGCGCAGUUGUUCAAAAUCGAGAAGAGCAAGUCGCUGAAAUCCCCAGACCAUCCUAAAGUUCAGAGUCAUGAGAGCGACUCUUCGGAGACGUCGGUGCGAGGGCCGCGCAUCAAGCACGUGUGUCGGCGCGCCGCUGUGGCCCUGGGCCGCAACCGGGCCGUGUUCCCCGACGACAUGCCCACUCUCAGUGCCUUGCCGUGGGAGGAGAGGGAGAAGAUCCUGUCUUCCAUGGGGAAUGAUGACAAAUCUUCAGUGGCGGGCUCGGAGGAGGCGGAGCCCCAGUCCCCUCCCAUCAAGCCGGUGAUGAGGCACACCAAGAUCAUCCAGGAGGGAGGGGCGGCGCCGAGGAAAGGGCGGCGGUCGCGACGCUGCAGGCAGUGUCCCGGCUGCCAGGUCCCCGACGACUGCGGGGUCUGCACCAACUGCCUGGACAAGCCUAAGUUCGGUGGCCGCAAUAUCAAGAAGCAGUGUUGCAAGGUCCGAAAGUGUCAGAACUUGCAGUGGAUGCCUUCCAAGAUUUUUCUCAAGAAGCAAGUGAAAGGCAAAAAAUACAAGAAGAAGAACAAACUGUCUGAAAAAAAGGAGGCUUUACACCCCGUCAAGGGCCCAACAAGCACUGAGCCCAGUCUCAAACAGGUCCCGCUCCCUUUGAAGGAGGAGCCCCCUCGCAAAAAGAGUGUAACUCCUCCCCCGAAGCCAGGUGAGGAGAAGCAAAAACAGUCACCGCCACAGUUGCAGUCCCCCCCAGCCGACAACUCUACCCCCCCAAACGACCAGGCCCCCAGCUGCACCACCGCCCCUGGGCAAGACCAGAAACAUCCUGCACCGACACCCACGGGUGCUGCUAGUAGGAAGGAACGUAAGCCCCAGCAGCCCACCCCUCCCUCCUCCCCUUCCUCCUUCUCUUCCUCAUCGUCCUCCUCACUCCAGAGCUCCCCCUCCCCACCAACACCCCAGCCCCAGCAGCCACCACAGCAGCAUCAGAGGCCGCAGCCCACCCAGGGGACUGCAAAAAAGGAGUGCGCAGCUUCCAAGUCUCCGCCCACAGAAACCAAGAGGAAGCCCCAGCAGCAGAGCUUAGCCACGCCCAUCACAGACACGGCACCCGAAGGGAAACAAAUGAAGAAACAGGCAUCUCGCUCUGUCCCACCACCACCUAAACCCACCAAACCAAAAGAGAAGCAGCAGAAGCCGUUGGCCAACAAACCUGAGAGCAGUACUUUAAACUUGCUGAGCACUCCCUCGACUGGGGGCACCGCCAAGCAGAAAGUGCCCUGCGACGGAGUGCACAGAAUCAGAGUGGAUUUUAAGAAGGACCAUGACGUGGAAAACGUGUGGGCCACGGGCGGCCUCGGCCUCCUCACCUCCGUGCCGAUCACCCCGCGGGUCGUCUGCUUCCUCUGUGCCAGCAGUGGCAACGUCGAGUUUGUCUUCUGCCAGGUGUGCUGCGAGCCCUUCCAUCUCUUCUGCUUGGGGGAGACUGAGCGCCCUCUGGAGGAGCAGUGGGAGAACUGGUGUUGCCGCCGCUGUCGCUUCUGCCACACCUGUGGCCUCCAGCACCAGAAGACUAAACAGCAACUUCUGGAGUGUGAGACGUGCCGAAACAGCUAUCACCCCGAGUGCCUGGGACCCAACCAUCCCACCAGACCCACCAAGAAGAAACGAGUCUGGAUCUGCACCAAGUGUGUUCGCUGUAAGAGUUGCGGGGCCACAAAACCCGGGAAGGCCUGGGACGCCCAGUGGUCACAUGACUUCUCCCUAUGUCAUGACUGUGCCAAACUUUUCGCUAAAGGUAACUUCUGCCCCCUUUGCGAUAAGUGCUAUGACGACGACGACUACGACAGCAAGAUGAUGCAGUGUGGGAGGUGCGACCACUGGGUCCACUCCAAGUGUGAGAACCUCACAGACGAGAUGUACGAGCUGCUGUCCAAUCUGCCAGAGAGCGUGGCCUACACCUGCACCAGCUGUACGAAGCGCCAGCCGGCCGAGUGGAGGACUGCCCUGGAGAAGGAGCUGCAGGGCCUGGUGCGCCGGGUCCUCACCGCGCUGCUCAACUCCCGCACCUCCACGCACCUGCUCCGCUACAGACAGGCUGUGAUGAAGCCGCCUGAGUUGAACCCUGAGACGGAGGAGAGUUUACCCACACGUCGCUCCCCGGAGGGGCCCGACCCCCCGGUCCUGACCGAGGUCAAGCCCCCCAAUGACUCCCCCCUCGACCUGGAGUCGGUGGAGAAGAAGUUGGCCACCGGGCGCUACAAGUCUGUGCUUGAGUUCAGUGACGACGUAGUGAAGAUCAUCCAGAUGGCCAUCAACUCGGACGGCGGGCAGCCAGAGAACAGGAAAGCCAAUAGCAUGGUCAAGUCCUUCUUUAUCCGGCAAAUGGAGCGCGUAUUCCCUUGGUUCAAAGUCAAGGAGUCCAGAUUCUGGGAAACGCACAAAUUCUCCACCAACAGUGGCCUCCUCCCCAACGCUGUGUUGCCCCCCUCCCUGGACCACAACUAUGCCCAGUGGCAGGAGCGCGAGGAGAUCGCCCGCGCCGGACAGCCCCUCAGGAAGAAGAUCAUCCCGGCCCCUUGCCCCAAGACCCCCGGAGAGCCCUACUCCCCCCCUCCGCCCCGGCCUCUACUUCCUCAAACACCACCUAUGCUCCACGACCUGAGCUGUGAAGACAGUCCUGAGCUGCUCCCACCCCCUGGUGUCAGUGACAACCGCCAGUGUGUGCUGUGUCUCAAGUACGGAGAUGACAACACCAACGAGGGCGGCAGGCUGCUGUACAUCGGGCAGAACGAGUGGACUCACGUGAACUGUGCCCUGUGGUCAGCCGAGGUGUUCGAGGAUGAUGAUGGCUCUCUGAAAAACGUCCACAUGGCCGUGAUCCGAGGGAAACAGUUGCGCUGCGAGAACUGCCAACGUCCCGGCGCAACAGUGGGCUGCUGCCUGACCUCCUGCACCAGAAACUACCACUUCAUGUGCGCCCGGCAGCGCCAGUGUGUCUUCCUGGAGGACAAGAAGGUCUACUGCCAGCGCCACCGGGACCUCAUCAAAGGAGAGGUGGUGUCAGAGUCUGGCUUCGAGGUCACGCGGAGGAUCCUAGUGGACCUGGAGGGGAUCAGCAUGCGGAGGAAUUUCCUGACCGGCCUUCAGCCGGAGAAUAUCCACAUGAUGAUAGGCUCCAUGACCAUCGAUUGCCUUGGAAUACUGACCGAGCUCUCGGAUUGCGAGCGCAAACUCUUCCCCAUCGGCUACCAGUGUUCCAGGGUGUACUGGAGCACUCUAGACGCCCGGAAGCGUUGCGUCUACACCUGCAGAAUCCUGGUGUGUCGUCCCACUGUGGUGGAGCCUGACCUGAAGAGUGCUCUUCCAGAGGAGAACCGCACCAUCUCCCACAGCCCUUUUACGCCCAUUUUAGACAAAGCCCCGUCUCCGGUGCCCGAUCCUUUUGACUCUCUGAAGCACUCCAACCGCCUGUCCCUGCUGCCCUCCAGCCCCAAUCCUCCUAAAGUUUACACACGAAACAGGCACCCCAGCUACCCCCCGUGCCAGCGUUCCCCUGGCUCCAGACCACUUCCAUCCCCAGGCGGAUCCUCUCAGUCGGCCCAUGAGAUUGUGACGGUGGGGGACCCCCUUCUGAGUUCCAGCCUAAGGAGCAUCGGCUCUCGGCGCCACAGCACCUCUUCCCUCUCGCCCCAGCCCAGACAGAAGGUAGUCUCUCCUCCACAGGCCGGGGUGGCUGCCGCCAUGAACCAAUUGGCCCUGCUCUCUUCUUCCACCCCACCCCCUGUGCUCUCCUCUUCCUCUGCUUCCAGAGACCUGGGUCUAAGGGAUACAGGGAAGCCGCCCGCCGGCGGAGUCCGAACGCAGAGCCGCGAGACUAGCUCACCCAGCCCUGGAGGUCAACACCGACACCACCACAGCAUCUCUGAGAUGAAGACAGACGGUGGGAAAGAAAGUGCGCCUUGCAAGCAGGCUGUGGGGGAGAACCCCAAACUUUCCCUAAUGGCCCCAGGGAUGGCAGGAGCGAGCCAGACCUCCCCACCACCAGGUACAGGUGUCCUGACAGGACACCAAAGGUCCAGCAACAGCAAAUCCCAAGCGGAGAAGGGGAAGCAGGGCGGGAAGGUCCCUGACCUGUCGGCUGGCAUCACGCUCCACUCCCGCCACUGUGUCACCACGACCCUGUCCAAGGACAGAGGUGGUGGCGGUAGUAGUAGCAACCCGGCUAAGGAGGGAAGUGUGACCUUGGCGCAAGCCUCUAAAGAUUCUGUGAAAUUGGGGUCUCCCCAGCCCCUGUUCCACAAAAGCAUUGGGAGGCAGUCCCAGGACUAUCUGUCGGGGCCAGCCUCUGCCGCCGCCACAAAGCCCCUGUGGUUUUCGGGGGCCGAUGAUGACAUCAUCAAACGGAGCUCCCAAGUCACCCCGGCUGUUCCCUCCAGCCACUCGGCCGCCACCACCAAAGACAAGCACUCCAAAGUCCGAACAAUCAACAGCCGAGAGGCAUCUAAAGAGAGGGAGAAGACCCCUCAGAACAGCAACAAGAACCCCACGCUCAACAACAACAAUGCUAAAGAGACUGGUGGAACCACAAACGCUCCAACCCCGACCUCGCGGAACUGCAACAGCAAAGCUGCAAACCUCAGUAACACCAAAGCCAUUGGCAUGCAGGAGGUGGAAAAGCUGGAGAAUCAGGGAAGAGGACGAUCUUCAAAGAGCAGGGAGAGAUUCUCCAGUCCCGAGAACAGCUCCAGCCUAGAGGCCAUUAAGCAGCCCAGGAUAGCCUCGGAGAGAAGCAUGAGGGCUUCACAGGUUCAAGCAAGAGUAACAGCCAACGAAGUCGCGGCUGCUAGAGACAAAAAGCGGGCUAUAGUCAAAGCGUCCCUGACGCCGCUGAAGACCGACCCGAACGGGACCAACACCGUGAGCACUUCCUCUGACUCCUGCACUACCACUUCCAUCUGUCCAGUAGGCCUGGAGGGACCCCCCCACCGCAGGUCCUCCUGCUCCAUGCUCUUCUCCCCGUCGGCCUGCUCAGUGUCGAAUAACCCGCCACUGCACCCCGAGGACCGCGAGGAGAAGAGACUCCUGGCUCACUGCACCGAGGACGAGGGGACCAGGGACGACCACGCCUUGCUGGAGGAGGAAGGCGGCGACGGGGACAAACGCCACGAGGACGACAGUGACUGCUCGGGCUCGGCCAAGCGACGUUACCCAAGGCGCAGCGCCAGGGCCCGCUCCAACAUGUUCUUCGGCCUGACUCCUUUCUACGGGGUGCGCUCCUAUGGAGAGGAGGAUAUCCCUUUCUACAGCAGCAGCGGGGACGGGCCUGGGAAGAGGAAGGCUGGGGGCGGCAGGCGCUCGGCCGAAGGCCAAGUGGACGGGGCAGACGAUAGGAGUAACUCCUCCUCAGGGGACAGCGGAGAAGGAGAGGAAGGGGGUUUCAGCCAGUGUUCCAACAAGGAUCCAUACUAUUACAACUUCACCCGCACCAUCAUCAACCCCGGCCCUGUGAUGCCCUCAAUCGAGGGGAUUGACCAGUGCCUGGGGAGGGGCUCUCAGCUGCAGCGCUUCCUGAAGGAUGAGAAGGAGGAGAGGGUUGUUGCUGCUGUGGAUGGAGUUCCCACCCGGAGCCUCCUGGGCCAACAGCAGAUUGGCCAGCUGGACGGCAUUGAUGACAGCUCAGAGAGUGACGCCAGCGCGAGCACCACCACCACCACCACCACGGCCACCGCAGCAUCCUCUUCCCACAAGAGCACAGGAAAGAGGAAGGGCAGAGAGAGGCACAUGGAGAAGCUGGAGCACGACUCCGGGAAGGAGGUGGACAACCGCAGCGGAGGGGGUGGGAGCAGCGGUAGCAGUAGCAACAACAGCCGAGAAGGCAGGAAGAGCCAGAAGGACAGCUCUCUCCCUCUGGGUGGGGUGAAGUCGUCCCAGAGACAGGACCCCCUGGAGGCCCAGCUCUCACUUAGCACUGAUCUGCUCAAGUCAGACUCGGACAACAACAACAGUGACGACUGCGGCAACAUCCUGCCGUCGGACAUCAUGGAGUUUGUCCUCAACACGCCCUCCAUGCAGGCCCUCGGGCAGCAGCCUGAGGCCUCCUCCUCCGAGCUCCUCUCCCUGGACGAAGGCUAUGGGGUGGGUGUCAACCGCCGCAAAGACAUCCUCUUCGAGGACUUCCCUCAGCCGCUGGCCAGUGCUGAGCCCGCGGAGAGUGGGGUGAGCACGUCCAUCUCGGUCGAAGAGCCAUAUGGUCUGCCUCUGGAGCUGCCCUCUGACCUCUCUGUCCUGACCACUCGCAGCCCCACGGUCAACAACCAGAACCAUGGCGGCCUCAUCUCAGAGGGCUCAGAACGCACCAUACUGUCCCUGGCAGCCUCUGACGAAACCAGGAGGAAGGAGGAGAAAGGAGGCGAGGACAAGCAGCAGAGAGGAGGGGCCGGUGUGUCCCCUGAGAGCCAGCAGGAAGGAAGUGGAGGUAGCCGAGAAUCUCAGGUAAGAGAAGGCCACAUGACCCCGGAGCAGUUUGAGCAUAUCACUAGUCCCUCCCUGGGCCAGGUGGUCGAAGCAGAUAACCCGGAUCUGACCAGGAGCUCUGGGACCCCCGCCCUACCCAGCUCCCCCACCCCACCUCUCCAGGGACAGAAGUACAUCUCUGCUCCAUCUUCAGCCAGCCCUGGACCCUCCCAGGUGGCCAGCAUGGCUGUCCAAACCACCUCUCAUUUAAAACAAGGCCCAGAAAAACUCAUAGUGGUCAACCAGCAUCUGCAGCCCCUCUACGUCCUACAGACGCUCCCCAAUGGUGUCACUCAGAAGAUCCAGAUCACCCCAUCGGUCAACGCAACAGGAGUGAUGGAUACCAUGACUCUAACCACAGGGCUCACCACCGGGAUAACCACCUCCCAGCCCAUCUUUCCUGCUGGGGGUAAAGUGUUGGGCACCAUGUCCCAUCACCCUCAGAUCCAUACUUUCACCGGCACCACCCAGACGGGCUUCCAGCCUGGCAUUCCCAGCACCACCUCCGGCCUCCUGAUCGGGGUGCCCUCCCACGAGCCCCAGAUCCUGGUGACCGAGGCCGGACGGAGGCACGACUUGGCCCCCAACGUGACCAUCGUGUCCAGCGCCGCCUCCAUCUCCACGUCCUCGGCCGUGCUCGUGUCUGGACACGGCAAGAAGCGACCCAUUUCCCGUCUCCAGCCGCGGAAGACCAAGAAACUAGCCCGCUCCAGGAGCCAGCCCACCCUGGCCCCGUCUGAGGUGAGACCCAACAUGACUCUGAUCAACCUGUCUUCGCCACAGAUAGCUCAGUCCGGACUGGUCGAACUGGGCACCCUGACCACGGCCGCCACCACUUCUCACCGCAAUGUCCCCAACAUUAUCAAGAGACCCAAAUCAGGAGUCAUGUACUUUGAGCCCAUCCAGCAGAGGAGGCCUCUUCCCAGUGGGCAGCCUGGCAUCCUGGGCCACGACUCCUCCACCCACCUGCUGCCCUGCACAGUCUCGGGGCUCAACCCUAACCAGUCAGCAGUGCUGAACAUGGUGUCCAUGGCUCAGCCCAGCGGGCCCGGAGGCCUCAUUGCGCCAGGCUCUGUCUCUCUCAGCACCCCAGUGCUCAGCUCUGCUGAAAUCACGGGACCCAUCAGCAGCCUCCUCUUCAAAGCCACCCCGCACAACCUGGGCCUUCCGGAGCAACAGAUGCUCCUCCAGUCUGGAGCACCUCUGAUGUCUCAGCUGUGCAGCCCCGCCCAGACUUCCAUCGCCAGCAGCAUCUGUGUGAUUCCCUCCCAUCAGACCAUCAGCAUGUCCUUAAGCCAGCAGGUGGACCCAGAAAGCAGCGCUUUCCAGCGGCAGCAACACCCGCCAAAUGCUAGUGGACAACCUGUGGCUCUGGCCCCCAGCCCGGUCUCACAAGACGCCGGCAAGGGACAUCCAGUUGGGGUGUUCUCCCAGAGUUCCCGCUCUCAAAGCUCAAGCUCCAUGCCUAUUUCCAGAUCCUCAUCAGAGCAGAAACAAGAGCUGAGGUGUAGCGCUGCAGCAACGGCAUUUACGGGCUCUGGGAAAGGGAAGCAGAAAGCCAAGCGGACGAGGCAGAGUCCAGACAAGGCCAGCGGGAAGAAACACAAGGGUUGGCAGACAGAGUCUCCUCGGGAGACGAAAGGAGACCGGGCAGCACCCUCCACUCCUGGCUCUAGAGAGCCAGUCUCUCCUGAAUCCAUGGACACAGGCAAGCCCAGAGACGGGGCCACCUGCAAAAGUAAAACCACUGAGUUCCCUGAGGAGAAAGGCGAGACCACCGCUGGCUCUCUACUGGUGGCCACCCCUGACCAGGAGGGCAGCCGCAGGGACUCUUCCAUGGACCACAAGCCCAAGAAGGGACUCAUCUUUGAGAUCUGCAGCGAUGAUGGCUUCCAGAUCCGCUGCGAGAGUAUCGAAGAGGCCUGGAAGUCCCUGACUGAUAAAGUCCAGGAGGCCCGCUCCAACGCCAGACUCAAAGAGCUCUCCUUUGAAGGAGUGAACGGUCUGCGGAUGCUGGGGGUCCUCCACGAUGCCGUGGUGUUCCUGCUGGAGCAGCUGUAUGGUUCCAGGCACUGUCGCAGCUACCGCUUCCGCUUCCACAAGCCCGAGGAGGCCGACAAGCCCCCGAUCAAUCCUCAUGGCUCGGCCCGCGCCGAGCUCCACCAGAGGAGGUCUGUGUUUGACAUGUUCAACUUCCUGGCCUCCAAGCACCGCCAGCCUCCCGAGUACAACCCCCACGAGGAGGACGAGGAGGUGCAGCUCAAGUCUGCUCGCCGGGCCACCAGCAUGGACCUCCCCAUGGCCAUGAGGUUCCGACACCUGAAGAGAACGUCCAAGGAGGCGGUGGGGGUGUUCAGGUCAGCCAUACACGGCCGAGGUCUGUUCUGCAAGAGGAGCAUCGACGUGGGGGAGAUGGUGAUCGAGUACUCGGGCAACGUCAUCCGCUCUGUCCUCACCGACAAGCGGGAGAAGUACUACGACGGCAAGGGCGUUGGCUGUUACAUGUUCCGCAUUGAUGACUACGAAGUGGUGGACGCCACCGUGCACGGCAACGCCGCCCGCUUCAUCAACCAUUCGUGCGAGCCCAAUUGCUACUCGCGAGUCAUCAAUGUGGACGGGCAGAAGCACAUCGUCAUAUUCGCCAUGCGUAAGAUCUACCGCGGUGAGGAGCUCACCUACGACUACAAAUUCCCCAUCGAGGAGCCGGGCAAUAAGCUUCCAUGCAACUGCGGAACCAAGAAGUGCCGCAAGUUCCUCAACUAGCCCCCUCCCACUCUGCUGUGUGAUUGUAGUGGCGUUAGCGGUCCUUCUCCCACUCUGCUGUGUGAUGGUAGUGGCGUUAGCGGUCCUUCUCCCACUCUGCUUGUGUGAUGGUAGUGGCGUUAGCGGUCCUUCUCCCACUCUGCUUGUGUGAUGGUAGUGGCGUUAGCGGUCCUUCUCCCACUCUGCCGAAGCAGUCUCCUCGACUAGCGUGGCGCCAUCCAUUCAAUGCCAUGUCUUAAAGUGCAAAGUGAUGCUUCCAGUACUGACUUCUCUUUUUGCUAUACGGCUUGUGCAGAAAGAGGCGCGUUACAGACCGGGUUAAGUUCGAUACAAGCUAUGUUUUUGAAAGAGAACAAAUUAUUAUUGUGCCUCUGGUUGUUUUUGUUUACUUUUCAGACUCUGAGAAGUCAAAGGAAAUGGUAACUGUAAGAUUAGCAAUUUUCAACGUUUUCUGUCUCUGACUGAUUCAAAAAGAUUAUUUUUUUUAUUUCCCUUUUUGUUCUGAAUUUUAACAUCAUCUCACAUUAUUUUUCUAGAGAUGAUAUCUCAAUUCUGUGUGAGCAUCGAAUCCAUUGAUUAUGUGCACACACACAAAGAAGAAUUGCCACCUUGUAAGAGUUCCAUUUUACACACCAAAGUGCAAUUUGUGGAAGGGAAUUUUCUCUGCAUUUUAGAAAUAGAACGAUGACGUAUUAGAACCGAUCAGAGGACGCUUUUCUCUUGGCCUCAUCUGUUUAUACACAUCUGCCUGUCGGAAUGUGCAUCCCGUGCAGCCUUCGGAGUAGCCGCAAUAACAUAAAGCUUUGCUUCGGCUGCUUCGCUGUGUAUUCAAAGACACUGUAAAUAGUUCCUAUGCCUGUCCAGAGCAACAAGUCGCAAGAUGUGUUAGGAAGAGAAACACUAGAGGGAGUCGGGGUCGAAACGACAGAAGGAAAGAAAGAAGCCUGUAGAUUAUUUAUUUUCUAGUUGUAUGUUAUUGUUAAUCGCGACUGUACUUGUACAGAGUCAUUGUCAGACACGUAGUCGGGCGGCGGUCAUUAGAUUGUCGCGGCCGUGACUAGCAAGCUAGGCGGAGAUUCUGGUGGACUGACAGUUGAGGGACUAACUUUUAUUUCGUUUUUUUUUUUUUUUUUUGCUGUAGUAAAUGUUGUUGUUGGUUUUGUAUAGGAAAAAUGAUAGACUGAGCCAUCUAUUUGUGUCGCAGGUAUGCACUCGUUAUGUCGUCUUAUUCGAAAUUUGGUUAGAACAGAGUCCGGAAUUACAGCGACGAGAACCAAACGUCAUCCCCCUAAAUCUGAUUUCCCCUUAAGCCCGUUUGAAAUUAUGGCCUAUUUCAUGAAUUACUGUUGCAAAGGAAUUGUUUUUUUUGUUGUUUUUUUAAAUCGGGUCAUUUGAAGUCUUGUCUCUUCUGGCUCUUUUUUGUUAUGGGCAGAAAAAUAUCAUGCUUGCUUUGAGAAUGUAAAUAAUAUAUAUUUUUCUAUACAAACGACUAAAAAGCACUCACUAGUGAAUAGCACUUAAUGUUAUAAAUAGUAUUUAUAUUUUUAAGAAAUCCUAUUUAUUUUAUUGCCAUUUUUGUAGGAAAUAGAGGUUUACAAACACUAAUGCUUGGUCUCUACAUUUUAUUUUUAUUGAGCUGCCUUUUUUCAAAGCUGUUUUUUCGUUGCUGUUAAUUUCAUUUUGUAGCCUGAAUGUUUCUUUUUGGAUUCCAAAGACUGAAGCUGUCGCUCCCCGCUGAGCCCAGUCCACCAGGAGCUCUAUUUGUCAAUCAAGGACAUUUCCAUUGACUGCAUGUUAGCAGCAUGGAAUUAUUAUAUGCCCUUGAUGGAGUCUGUUAGUGCUCAUCUUUUGGAAUAGCUGUCUAUCACCUUUUUCCAGCCUUAAUGUCACGCGGAGGCUCCAGCCAGGCCAUUCAGACCUGGGCGUUUCACCGUGCGCAAUUCAUUCACGCUUUAAAUAAAAUAAAAUGUCUCUACAAAUUUCCAAAUCUCCCUUUUGGGAUCAAACGCGUUCCAUAAUCCGCAAACUGUAAGAACAACCCGGUUCAACGCCUAUAGCCACAUCAGUGCUCCAUGAUUCCCCAUGGUAGUGUUGCCUUCAUAUUAAUACCUGUCAAUGUUUUAUGUUUCUAAUCGACUCCCUCGUAAAGUCCAGCAUUUGGUUUGUGGCAUUUUACAUGAGACAGGCUACACGUGGAAAGCUUUUUUUAGAAGCUCCGUAGAAGCUGGUGAAGUUAGGAAAGGUUGGACGAGGCUCACCGUUUACCAUUGACCACAAUGCAACCCCUGUUAGAGUUCAUCAAAAUCUCUUGCUUUGCAUUUGUUGUAACUGAGCUUUGCUUAGAGAACUCUAACUUGUAAAUGUAACAGUAGUAGAUUGACAGAAGUAGUCCCGGUUUUGGUGAGAAUGGGGACAUUGGGUACAAAAAGUGGAUAGGUUGAUGACCGGCAUAUAUUUCCUCGAACGAAUCUCACCAAAUUGCUGCUUUGUACAACUCUGGCUCCAGUUGUCCUAUAGCGAGCCACUUCAGGCCAGUGACUUUUUUUUUGUUAUGUUUUUGGUUUGUAAUCCGUUUUUUCCUCGUAGUCUGUUGACUUUAUAUCUUGUAAGGCCGUCGCAGAAUCUCUCCCAACCCUUACCCUGCCCAGGCUGUGAAGUGAAACCAUAACUUUGCCAACACAUUGCACUUGUGACAGGCACUGACUUAACAUGGGAAAUGAUGUUCUACUCAUUGUAAACGCAAUGGGUUCUUAUGUUUUAAAAACCACAAGCACAGAUGCUGUUUAAGCUCCCUUAGGAAUUGUGGCCCCCAGGAAAGUGCACUUCUGCUCGACCUUCUCCCAAGUGUGUAAGGGAUGUUCCGAGUGCAGGGACCACUCUGGAGGCCAACAGUGAACACUCCUCAACUUCCUUGCAGCCUGGGUUUUGCCAGCUAAUUCAGGGAUACAGUUUUGGUUCAGCUCUCGCUGUCCUCCCAUCCUGGCUAGCCUUAGGGUGAGGCACAGGGUCAUGCUGAAUUCUGCUGCUAGGUCUUUAAUGAAUGUAUAUACAAAAACUGAAUUGUGGUGAUUUUGGUAUCAACCACGUUUUUUGUUUUUGAGUUAAAUAGAACCCACAAAAAAGACUGGGGAAGAUGACCUCACAGGACAGUUUGUUUGUUUCAUUUCAGAGGGGAAAAGAUUGAGGGACGGCUUUCUAGUUUUAACGUCAAAAGGUCACACUGAAUAAACUAAGACUUCAAAGAUCGCUUUGGUAAUCAAUUUACUAAUCCCAAAGGCUCUGUCUCUGACUCCUCUACAGAUCCAUAGCAGUGAAGUGUGACGUUUCAGUACUUGGUGAACAACAACCCAUUAGUCAAGUGUUUUUAAAUGGCAGAUAGAUUCCGUUGUUUCUUGAACUUCAUAAUAACAUGCCACACCAGUGGCCCUUUUCCUUCACUUGUAAUUAUGCUAUAUAUACAUAAAAACAUAUACCGAAACAGAAAUAGUAACAUGUACUUCAGUAUCUAUACAAUAUACGGAAUGAACAGACAAACUUAGUUACAGUAGCAAACAGCAGGUUUGUAAUGGUUAAUAGCAAUGUUCAAUGUACUCUAUAAUGGUUUUAUGUUACAGUAUCAGUUUAAAAUAACUAACGUACAUCAUCUUUGUAUAUUGAUGUCCAGUACCAGUUUUCCUGUGCCUGUGUAUGUUCCAUUGGCAGGAGCAUUGCAGUUUCUUUCACUUUUUUAUUUUUUAUUUUAUUUUUUUUUGCGAAAAGAAACAGUAUUUAUGUGAUAAGAUGUAUAACGUGGUUGUGAACUUCUUGAAGUCAGCCAUUUUGUUUUUGUGUUUGAUUGUUGUAGUGAAUGUUUUUUUUAUUUUUUAUUCUUUGUAAAUUCUUAACAGGGAUUUUAGACUGCUUACUUGAUGGUGGUAUAAUUGAGUUGAGUUUGUGGAGACCAGGGGGAAAAAACGAAUACCACCAAAAUGUUAUUUUACAGUCUUCCAUGUCUCCCCUUACCACCCCCCUCUCUCUUUGGAAGCUUUGGUUGUACUUAUGUCUUGUUUUAUAGAAAGUGAUAAUGAUGAUACGUUUUUAUUUAUUUAUUUAGUGUAUUGGAACAUCCAUGAAUUUACAGGUCAAGGUAGUUGCCGGGAACCUGCUUGAAAGAAGUUUGAAAAAAAAAAUACUUAACUGUAUUUGUAAUUUUCUAAUUGUUCCUUGUGUAUAGAACUUAUCAGCCUGAGAAGGGACGUGGUAUCAAGGGGAGUUGGCGGUAAGGACUUGGGAACGGUUAAACGGCUCUUCUUAUGCCUUGAAUAUACCUUUGUCUUGUUAACACUUCCUCCUGAACUCCAUGAGAAUAAUGAUGAUUAUGAUGAUACUAUUUUUCCCUAUUAGUUGUACAUCAGUGUUCUCUCAUCUGUCACAGAAAUGAAGGAAAGUUGAACCACAAUAGUAAACCACAAACUACUUAAGGUUGAAUGUAUAAUUAGGAAACACAAUUGUACAUAACUGUAAAAAGAAAAGUUUCUAAUCAUGUUUAUUUUCUAUGCACUUUUUUUAUUUAAGUGAUAGUUUAAAUAAUAAACAUGUCUCGUU